GUACGCAAUUAAGUGCAGAAAAAUGACAAUGGUACGAUUUGUAUUGACUUUUGCUCUGAUAAYUGGGAUAGCAACAUUUGCAGAACGCGCAUGCCCAGAAGGCAAAAGGUAUACAAAGUACGGGAGGAGUCCCAUAACGUGUGCUAACCUCUAUCAUCAAGUCCAUACGCGUUCAGUAACGUGUGUACCGCGAUGUAUUUGUCGUCGUGGUAUGGUAGAAAACAGACAGAACAGAUGUGUUUUUCCUUCUCGUUGCCAAUGUGAAUACCRAGGCAGGAUAUUUAAGCCAGGUGAGCGGUAUAUUUCGACUCGCGGUGAAGACUGYUAUCGAUGUAGCUGUACUCGUGGUCGCAUGUUAUGUGUUCAAGGCUGUGUUACAUACAGAUAUGCUGCAGGAAAUCUCGCCAARCCSCCUGUACUCGCAAAGCCAGUAGAAAACACACAUGAAAGGCCUACAUACAUAGAAGAGUAAAAUCUACACUAUCUAUAGACGUUCUAAAGCCUUGUCUACCUGACAGAAGAUGUCCCUUUAUCUGCAAUCCGAUUACGCGUGGAAAGGGUAAGACAUCCGUUGCCGAUGUAUUGGAGCCCUUCUACGAACUGCAUGUAGUAGGACAUCUGCA